AUCCCUACCCAACACCCGCACCCACUCGCACGACCCGCAGCAAAAUAUUUCCUGGAGGCGGAGACUCGGCGCAAGAGCUUAAAUUGCGCGUUCACACCCCGACUCUCCCGCGGUGAGCUUCUCUCCUCCACACACACAACACAGACACGCGCGCACUUAACACACCCGCACACUCAGCCACGCAAAGAGUUUAAACAGGCAGACACACACACCACACACGCGCGUGUGCUAGACAUGGCAACUGCAGUGGUGUACGGAUGGCUGGGAGGCCGGGCGAUGCUGCGUCUGCCACGCGGCGUCUGCGUGUCGGUGCGCGGGCUGGCGAGCGGCAGCGGUCCCAUCGCGGACCGGCCGUACGCCGAGCUCAAGGACAUGGCCCUGAACCAGCCAGAUGCCUUCUGGGGCCAGGCGGCCAAGGAACGCCUGCGCUGGGAGCGCGCCUUCAACAAGGUGCGCGAUUGCGACAUGGACGCGGGCCGCAUUUCGUGGUUCACCGGCGGUAACAUCAACGUGAGCGUGAACUGCCUGGACCGGCACGCGGAGCGGACUCCGAACAAGGUGGCGCUCCUGUGGGAGAAGGACACGCCCGGGACCCACGAGAAGAUCACCUACAAGGAGCUGCUGGAGCUCACCUGCCGCAUGGCGAACGCGAUGCGCUCGCGCGGCGUGAAGAAGGGCGACCGCGUCGCCAUCUACCUUCCGUCCAACCCCAUCGCCGUCGCCUCCAUGCUGGCCUGCGCCCGCAUCGGCGCCGUGCACACCGUCGUGUUCGCCGGCUUCAGCGCCGAGGCGCUCGCCGACCGCAUCCGCAACGCGAACUGCGAGACGGUGAUCACGGCGGUGGGCAGCGACCGCGGCGGCAGGCGGGUGGAGCUGAAGGGGUUGGUGGACGAGGCGGUGCGAGCGUCGCCCUGCGUCAAGCGCGUCUUCCUGGCCGGCGGCGACGAGGCGAAGAAGCGCGCGGGGCCCCUGGACAUUCCCCUGGAGGAGGACCUGGCGAAGCAGAAGACGUCGUGCGCGCCGGAGGUGAUGGACAGCGAGGACCCCCUCUUCCUGCUCUACACCUCGGGCAGCACGGGGAAGCCCAAGGGCCUGGUGCACACGCAGGCCGGCUACCUCCUCUACGCGUCGCUCACCCACCAGUUCGUGUUUGACCACCGUGAGGGUGACGUGUUCGGCUGCGUCGCGGACAUCGGCUGGAUCACGGGGCACAGCUACGUGGUGUACGGACCCCUGUGCAACGGGGCGACCACCGUGCUGUUUGAGAGCACGCCCGUGUACCCCGACCCCGGCCGCUACUGGGAGACCGUGCAGCGCCUGCGCAUCAACCAGUUCUACGGCGCGCCCACCGCCAUCCGCCUGCUCAUCAAGCACGGCGACAAGUGGGUGAACAAGUACGACCGCUCCUCCCUGCGCAUCCUCGGCUCGGUGGGCGAGCCGAUUAACACGGACGCGUGGGAGUGGUACCACAAGGUGGUGGGAGAGGGCCGGUGCGCACUGGUGGACACCUGGUGGCAGAGCGAGACCGGAGGAAUCUGCAUCAGCCCCCGGCCCUCGGAGCCCAAUGCGGAGAUCAUCCCGGCCAUGGCCAUGAGGCCCUUCCUGGGAAUCCAGCCGGCGCUGUUGGACGACAAGGUGAGACUCGGGUAGGUGAGCGGCAAUGACGCCAACGGAGCUCUGUGCAUCGCGCAGCCCUGGCCCGGCAUGGCACGCACCAUCUACGGCGACCACAAGCGCUUUGUGGAGACCUACUUCAAGGCGUACCCGGGCUUCUACUUCAGCGGUGACGGCGCGUACCGCACCAAGAAGGGCUACUACCAGAUCACCGGCCGCAUGGACGACGUCAUCAACAUCAGCGGGCACCGGCUGGGAACCGCCGAGGUGGAGGACGCCAUGGGAGAGCACCCGGACGUGGCGGAGACGGCUGUCGUCGGAUGCCCCCACGACAUCAAGGGGCAAGGAGCCUACGCCUUCGUGAUCCUGAAGGAGAACAUCAAGAAGCCGCAGGAUAAGAUCGUCGCCGACAUCCGCAACAUCAUCUCCACCAAGAUCGCCAAAUACGCCGUGCCCGACAACAUCCUGGUGGUGAAGCGCCUGCCCAAGACGCGCUCCGGGAAGAUCAUGCGUCGUCUGCUCCGCAAGAUCGCCGCCAACGAGGCCAAGGAGCUCGGAGACCUGACCACCCUGGACGACUCGGACGUCAUCCAGGAGAUCGUCAACGGUCACAACGAGCUGCAGAAGAAGGCGAAGAAGUGAUCGCGCCGCGGCGGAAACGUCGCCCUGACGAAAACCCCCCCCCCACCCCGACCCCGCCAGUGCUCCUCAACCUCACACUACAAGCGCUUAUCACACUAACACUACCAGCACUGCUGGCUUCUCCCCCCUCACCUUGCCAGCACUCCCUCUCCUCAUCCCUAACCCCCGCCAAUAUCCCUCACCCAACCCUUAACCCAUUCCCACCCAUCCUCCUCCUCCGCCUCCUCCUCCUCCGCUGCUGAUGCUGAUGCUGCUGCUGACGGUGCUGUGAUGGCAUCGGAGUUGUUCGUCACCUCGUGUCUCUUGGGGAACCGAAGCGCACACGUUCGCGUUCGCGUCGCGAUCGUGUCAAAGUGCCUGCACGUGAGAGUCACGGCCUAACGAUGGAGGCCGUGAGCUCCGAUUUGGGUUUUGUAGACGCACCGUUUGCUUAUUCUCCUCCACAGCCAUUUGUCGAUCAGCUGUUGGAGAAAGACAUCCCCUUGCCGUGUCAGUGAUGAGGGAGGUGGGGGGUGUUGAGCGGUGAAUUAAAAAGAACGUAUUUGGGUGUCGCUUCCCAAACAUCUGUGAGCUGUAUAAGAGGGCAAGCAGCAGACAGCAUCGUCUCCCCAAAGAGGACUCUCGCCCCAUCCAAUAAACAAAUAAAUACUUGGCUUUUUCGAUCCGUAUGAGAGGGCCUAUAAUGAAGGGACCAUCUGUUGAAGGGACCAGAAAUCUUGCCAUGUUUGCACUAAGGUCGGCUUCGCUGCUUUUAAGGGUGCUGGGUUAUCGUCUUAUAGCCACCGUAGUGUAUUGGGGGUAUUUAACGGUAUCGUAGAUAUAAAAUAUGUAUUCCAGAGGUGAAAAACAGUACGGCAAGCAUACGCACGUUUAAAAGAACAACCAACAGUCUUAAUUCGUGAAGAGGUGCUAAUAAAAAAACGCGUGGAAGUUUUAACUGAAGGUAUUUUUAAAAUGGUAAUUGAACAAGGGAACGGCGGGACCAACGUGACCUCUGCAGUUUUAAUCCGUGUUUUUUUUUGUCUGCUUGACUUGUUGCUAUGGCAUUCCUCCACGAGUCAAUGGGUCAGUUUGCCUUAGCCCCGUUGUACUUUUACUUGAAUUCUGCACUUGAGUUGUUUUAAACGCACAGUUCCAACGUUUCCGCCCGAUGAAUUAAUUUACGCGGAAUAAAUACUGCUCGGGGGGCCGCUGGUGGUGGUGGUGGUUAUGAUGAUUAAUGCUGUGAUUUUUGUUUUGUUAAUGUUAACAAAAGCGGAACAAACAGGGGCGGUCUGUGAAACUGAAUUAUUCUGCCGUGGAUACAAAAAAAUAAACCACCCCCCCACCGCAAAAAAGUCGAGAACUAAAAAUGCACUCCAGACGGUCCCCGUUUAAGCCUGGAGCUUUCUGUUUUUGAAUGUUUAUUGUCAUUGAACAAAUAUUGGACACCUAUGCACAGGAACGUGAGCACUCGUACGAAUAUGUGCCGUUAAUAUAAUACAGAAUGUUUCUGCAGAAUGAGAAAAAACUACAUGUAUUAUCUGUACAUAUACAAAUAAUAAAAUAUAUAUGAGCAACUUAA